AUGUCGGGUCUCGUAGGGUCUAUGCAGUGGGAGGCUAAGACCAGCAUGAUGAAUGGGGGAGACAAGUUUCUGGGUGCAGGAGGUGGAAGCGUAAGACCCGAAAGCUAUUGGGGAGGGGUGAAUAGGGAAGUUAAUGCGCAAAUAGAGGGGAAUGCUGUUAGGGGCGGUCGCGUGGAAGCCCGCCCUCGUGGCGGCGGGUCCCGGGUGCCUACUUUGUUCGGGGUGAUUGUUGCUGGCUUUAUCGCUGCUGCGGCGUCGGGUUUCAUGAUGGUGUCCCCGCGUCGUCCUCUGCUGCCAUCUUUGAGAGAAGUCUGGGCCGACGCAGUGGUCGGGGAGGAAGAGUCGUGGGGUUUACCAUCUAUGGAGGAGUUGGAGAGGAGAGCAAGCCCCUUUUUAGAGUACGGCAAAAAGGAGAUAGCAGAUUUUGUGAGGCGGCGGCACGAGCGGACCUUUCCUAGGGAUGGCACUAUAGGCGACGACGUGCUGACGACCAUGGGCCAGAUGCUGUCGGGAGGGAAAAACAACAGCUUAGUUGGAACUACCAUUCGACUUAAGGACCUCCAGAAGCUGGGAUCGGACGUGGUAGAUGGCGGGGAGCAUGAGUUUCUGGUGAAGAAAUACUUGGGCGAAGAUUCUUGGUCUAUCUACGUUGAGGUCGUUGAUCGUGGCAGCCAAAAGACGUAUGCCAUGCGGCUGCAAACCCUGCCGCACAGGGCAGAGGGAAAGGAAAUUCGCCCUCAACUCGCAGAAGAUCUGCUGCACCUAUCUCUGCUGGAUUCCACGAUCGCAAUGCUAGAGUCGGUGGGCAAGGCGCCGCUGGAGCAGGCGGCCGAUCAUAGGGGCCUGGCGUUGACCUCGAGUGUUGCAGCCAUUGAAGGGUUGCCUAAAGUGGUGCAGUGCAAGAAAGUGUAUGCAACUUCUAAAGUGGAGUUGAUGGAACGGUUCCAUGGAAGCUUGGAGGAGGUGUUUAACCGGGAGACUAGAAUGCCUAUGAGCGCCAAGCUGUAUGCAGCUAGGAGGAUGCUGGCGCAGGUGAUGCUGCUGCAACAAGCCGGUCUCAGCCACAACAACUUGAAGCUACAGAAUUUCUUCAUGCGGCAAGAUGGAUCUUUCUACUUAACAGACUUCGAUGCUAGCACCCGCAUUGGGGAACCAUUGGAUAGAGUCAAAGGAGUCACUCUCCGCUACGCCGAGAGGGAGUUGGCUGCCGUUGCAGCCCAGGACGAUCCCGAUGCAGACCCCCCAGUCGUACAUGCCAAGUCGGAUAUGUGGAGUUUGGGGCUUUGUCUGUAUAAGAUCUUAACCAACGGCGAGCUGCCUUACCGACUCGAUGAAGGCAUUCCAGCGUCCCGCAUCUUGACCAUGCUUGACCAGCAGGGAAUCCGCAGCGACUUCCUCCUGGGGUCCCUCACACGCGCCCAAGUGCCACACAGAUGGAUCGGGCUGCUCAAGGGGCUACUGGAACCCAGGCGGGAACAUCGCCUCGACGCAGAGGCUAUUCUGGUUCACUUCGCCGACCUCCUUGAUUGA